AUGGCUCAUGCAGAGGAUGGGAAAGAUGAUGCAAAAGAAUGGGAACUUCCAAUGAAAGCAGACGACAAUACAAAGAAAUACGACAGGUCGUCUCCGAGCAUAACGCCCGUUGGAACUAUCACAUCGCGGAAAAGAAAGAGUUGCGAUACUGAGGCAGAAAUGGCUUUGGGUUUAUCCCGAACAAAACGUCAAUGCCUAGAUCGACUCCGUGGUGUUGCUGACAAGCGAGCUAAGAAGAGUGCGAGUACACCACGAGUUGCAGACGGCCCUACAGACCUUAUCCGAGGACGAGCGUCACGGCGUAUAGAAACAACGAGUUUCCCACUGGUUUUUGAACACGCCAUUCUCCCUUUCUUGUCGCAGUAUCUACCCAUUUGGGUCGGACCCCGCCAUGUGGUGACCGUCACUCGAGGUAAAUCACCACAAAUUAAACGAAUUUGUAUCAUGGCUCCAAAGCGAAUCUCUCGGGCUCGUAAGGUCUUGAUCGUCAGCCACGUUCAAGACCUUAUUCCAGCCAACUUUUCGACGCUUGUCACCUUUGUAUUUGCCCAAGGAGAAAUAAACAGAACCGUGACCUGGGCUCGUGGCCUAAGCAAAGACCACAAAGACGAUAUCUGUUCUGCCCGAAAUCCUUAUUUCUUCCGUGAUCCUUGUAUGGGCGAUAGUAUCGGCGUUACAGGAAACGGUGUAUUUGACGAUAGUACGGCUACUCUUGGUCCUUGUAUAACUGUUGGUGGUGGAAGUUACUGGCUGGGCAACUUCCAUCCUUUCUUAGAGGCGUAUGAACAACUUGCUCAAGAGGUUCAGGUUGAGCAUCCUUCGUCUCAAGAUCGCAAGCGGUGUGUUGAGGAGGGGCACGAUGCCAUGGCCCAAGAGACAAGCUUCAGACUCGGCAGACUUGAGGUGACAUCUGGACUCAAUCUCAAGACAACAAGAAUAUCACAUGAUCCAUAUUGGGACGAGUGUGAUGCGGAUAAACCGCUUGUUGUAACAGACUGGGCUCUGAUCGGUUCUCGUACUUCACAGGCAAACAUUCUCCGGCGGUUUCCAUCGGAAACUCUACCACCAACUCAAGAACCUAUCGUGGCUACCACAACGGCUAUCACACCAGGCGCUGACGUCCUGUCCAGUGGCCGAACAUCUGGAUACCAACGAGGGAAUGGUUUAUCGAAGAGCCAUGGCCGCAAGAUGAUGAGGAUGCAUGGAUCCGCGGUGGCAUCGGUGUAA